AUGGAAACACAAGUAGCAGAAAGGACUUUUGCGGAGAUCAUUGAUGGGCUUCCUACAAUCGACUCCUAUCAAGAUGUCCACUGGCCGCAGGACGGCCAUCCUGCUACACAACAUCUUGAGCUGUGCCCGGAUAUGAUUGAGAAAGCUCGUCAGCUGCGUUCCGACCAUCUUCCCACGAGAUUGAGGUUCCAACUACAAUUACUGCGCGCCUUUGAAGAGACCACUGUCGAUUCACGGCACUUUCACCUACGACUGUUUGAGCUGUUGGCCGUGGCAAUUCACCAGAUCGCUGUACACUUGUACCAACAAGACGGCCUCAACCAUACACACCAAGAAUAUCAAAAGUGGAUAGACUCACCACACGAUUCCAGUAAAUGGGAUGGGUAUCGACACCCAACUCCUUUCUGCCACAGCUUCUAUGUCGCAGUUGAGCGGUAUCCCAACGGUGAUGCCGAUACCGUUGGGUACUGGGCUGAAGCAAAGAUAUUCGGUGGGGUCUUCGUCUUUGACCGUGGAGAAUCAGAAUCAGAGUGUAAUGAGCUGUACCUCCAUGCCAGCCGACGAGUAGGCCCCUUUACUUUAUUCCCCCUCACAACAGAACAGUUCGAAAGAUUCAUCAACUUCCUUCUAAGUGAUACAGAAGAUCCUGCUGCAUCGCAAAGUCCCCUCCCGUUUAGAGCGACGUCGGAGAAUCGUUGGCGGUGGCAUAGUUGGGAUGCCAUAGCCCGAUAUCACGUCUUCCGUGACAAGUAUGAGCGAACCGUUCAACCAACUAAGCCAACAGGUUGUGUCAAGUCUUCGGUAGACUGGCCAGAGAUAGCCGAUGAGCUGUAUCUGAUCGGGGCCAUGCACGAUUAUUGGGAUGGCCAGUCGGUAGAUAUGGACAAGAUUCGGGAGGCUUUGGAGCAUUUACAACAGGUCACUCCAUCUUCGCCAGUCUGGUCAACUAGGAAUGCACAUACAUGGACCAAGAACCUUUUUGAAUAG